AUGUCCUCCGCCCCCGCACACGAAAUCAUCCUCGUCCCCGCCCGCGACGCCCUCCGCCAGCAAUGCUACGACGUCCGCAUCGCCGUCUUCCACCGCGAGCAGGGCUUCCCGCUCGACACCGAGAUCGAUGACCUCGACGCGUCCGCGACGCACUUCCUCCUCCGGCUCACGCCCUCGCUCACCCCCGUCGGCACCAUCCGCUGCACGAAGCACGCCCGCUACUACAAGCUCAGCCGCCUCGCCGUCCUCGCGGACUGCCGCCGCUUCCGCCUCGGUCGUGCGCUCGUCCUCGCGCUGCACGCGCACGUGCAGCAGGACGCGCAGCACUCCGGUGCCCGCGACGGCGACGCGGUGCUCGUGCGCGCGCACUCCCAGCUCCCGGCCAGGGGCUUCUACGCAAAGUUGGGGUACCAGCCCGAGGGCGAGGAAUUCGACGAAGACGGUGCGCCUCAUCAGCUGAUGGUCGCUCGCUUGCCGCUAUCCGAUUAG